AUGUUGACAGAUAACCAGAAUUGCCUUGAGAUGGAACGGUCCGAUAAAAGGGUGACUGUGGCUCUCAUAAAUACAAGGAGUGGAGAACGAACGGCGGCGGAGUUUGUCCGUAAGCAAAUGGAGACACACCUUGGUGAGGAGAAUGUCUUUUACCUUUUUCCCUCGGGCAAACCCGCAAUCGCGGAGGCGAAGAAGUUCCUGGAACGCCACAAUCCCGCAGUCGUCAUCGUGGCGGGCGGCGACGGCACCGUCUCAUUGGCGCUGGACAUCACGGACGGCCUCCGCAGGACUAAUAUGCUCUCCGCCACAUCCGCGUAUGUGGCCGUUUUGCCCAUGGGCACUGGAAACGACCUGAGCCGGACGCUUGGCUUUGGCGGCGGCUACGUGAAGCCUCUGCUGAAUCCCGAGAAGAAGUUUAAACGCCUUUUGGAUCGCUUGGCGCAUGCGAAAGGAAUAAAAAUGGACAGAUGGUCGGUCCAAAUUCAAAAGAAAUCCACCUUGACAGUAGCCAGCACGGGCGAAGAUGCGCACGCAGGAGAUAGUAGCAGAACUUAUGGCGUUGAUGAUGUCCACGUGGUGGAGAAAACAAUGAUGAAUUACUUUUCAAUCGGCUUUGAUGCGACCAUUGUCAGGCAAUUCAACGAUUUCCGCAAUGAUCACCCAACGAUGUGCUCUCAGCGUUCCCUCAAUAAGUUGUGGUACGGCUGUUUUGGGUGUGGAUCUAUGUGUAACUCAGUCGCAUUGCCAAGGAAGCAGAUGAAAUUAACUGUGGACGAUAAGUGUGUUGCGAUUCCUCCGGGUACAAAAGCUCUUCUUGUUACAAAUGUAAAAACAUACGCCGGGGGUGCAGUUCUUUGGAAAGACAAUAGGUGCCGUUUUGCUAAACCGGACGUUGGUGAUGGGUUGCUGGAAGUCACGGCGCUAUACGGUGUGUGGCACUUUGCAGGAGUGCGAAUGGGCAUACGGAAGGCGAUGAAAGUUGCCCAGGGGAAUUGUAUACGCAUUGAGACCCCUGCAUACUUCGCGAUGCAAUUGGAUGGGGAACCCGUGGAUGAAUUGGCCUGCGGUGAGGAAAUGAUUGAUGUGUCCAUCACAUUCUUCUCCAGAACACUGGUCAUGACGUGUGAGGGCUCAUAA